ACGUACCCUUAAUGCUUUCAUGUUCAGGUACCAAAUCAAAAGUCACUACCGCUUUGUGAAAAACUAGGGUUAGGGUUUAUCAUUCAGAUCUAUCUCGCUUCAAGAAAAUGAGUUCCAAAUCUGAUGCCGAUGCCAAGAAAGGAGGAAGAGGAAAGCCUAAGUCUACAAAAUCUGUCUCUCGAUCUUCCAAGGCGGGUCUUCAGUUUCCCGUCGGUAGGAUCGCUCGAUUCCUUAAGGCUGGAAAGUAUGCCGAGCGUGUAGGUGCCGGAGCGCCGGUUUACCUGUCCGCCGUUCUUGAAUACCUCGCCGCUGAGGUUUUGGAGUUGGCAGGGAAUGCUGCAAGGGAUAACAAGAAGACCAGGAUAAUUCCAAGGCACAUACAAUUGGCAGUGAGGAAUGAUGAAGAGCUUAGCAGGUUGUUAGGCUCGGUGACAAUUGCAAAUGGUGGUGUCUUACCAAACAUUAAUCAGACCCUGCUACCAAAGAAGGUUGGUAAGGAUAAAGGCGAGAUUGGUUCUGCAUCCCAAGAGUUCUAGAACCAAUCUUGGUAGACUUGAUCUACCCAACACUUGCCUUCUAUCUAGUGCGCAAGCUAAUAUAGGGAACUCAAUGCAAACAAGUUUGUAGAAAUAUUAUUUUGGGUGUUUUUCUUUGCAAUCUGAAUUGUUAUGGUGGCUCUGCUCCAUCUUGCCACAUUUUGACAGUAUAAUCAAUAUUGGCUUUGUCGAUUUUAA